AUGCAUAGAUUCGUUGGUUUUGGGAGCGAUUGCAACUCGUCAACACUGCAUCGUCGGUUGCCCAAGUGGCACUACGACGGCUCCUCCACCGGCCAGGCGCCCGGAGAGGACUCCGAGGUGAUCAUCUACCCCCAGGCCAUCUACCCCGAACCCUUCCGCGGAGGCGACAACAUCAUGGUGCUGCGCGACACCUACGAGCCGAACGGGACCCUGCUCCCUACCAACACCCGCAAGGAGUGCGCCGCUAUCAUGGCGAAGGCAAAGGACUUGGUGCCGUGGUUCGGUAUCGAGCAGGACCACACCCUGUUCGAGGCAGACGGCGUCACCCCCGUCGGGUGGCCCAAGAGCGGAUACCCGGGACCCCAGGGCCCGUACUACUGCUCCAUCGGGUACGAGAACGCCUUCGGCCGCCACGUCAUAGAGGCGCACUACAAGGCCUGCCUCUACNCCCCCCCCCCCCCCCCCCGGUGGUGGGCCCCUGCGAAGGCAUCUGCUCUGGAGACGAGCUGUGGAUCUCCCGCUACCUGCCUGCUCCAGCGCGUGUGCGAGCAGUUAGGCGUCAUCGUGUCUCUCGGCCCCAAGCCCAUCGCGGGAGACUGGAACGGGGCCGGGUGCCACACCAACUACUCCACCAAGCCCAUGCGCCAGGGUAACGAGCGCCGCUUGACCGGAAAGCACGAGACCGCGUCGAUGGACAAGUUCUCGUACGGCGUCGCCAACCGCGGGGCGUCCAUCCGCAUCGGCCGCGACGUGGAGAAAGAGCAGAAGGGAUGCUUCGAGGACCGUAGGCCUUCGUCCGACAUGGACCCCUACGUUGUCACCGGCAUGAUCGUCAAGGUGGGUUCAUCGCGCUGGCGGGAGGGGGGUUAG